AUAACAUUCACACAAACACAAACACAAACCUCUUUCUUUGUGUUUCUCUCUCUCUUUCCAAAUUGCCACCAUGCAACAGGCCAUUCCUUUCAAGUCAUGGCAGCCGCUUUACAACACUACCAACACAACCUUAAACUUAUCGUCUUCUCUUCUUACCCACCAAAACGAUCCCGCCGCACUGGCUACAAAACUCAUCAAAGGAUCGAACAAUUAUCACAUGGGCAAGAUGGUUUCGGAAAAUGCUGUAAUUGUGUUCGCUAGACGCGGCUGCUGCAUGAGCCAUGUUGUGAAGCGUUUGCUUUUGGGUCUCGGUGUUAAUCCUGCUGUUUAUGAAGUUGAUGAAGAAGAUGAUGUUGGUGUUUUAGCUGAACUGGGUUUGAUCAAUAAAGGCAAUGGAAUUGAUCAAAAGGUUCAGUUUCCGGCUGUGUUUAUUGGAGGGAAAUUGUUUGGGGGAUUGGAUAGGAUCAUGGCUACUCAUAUUAGUGGAGAAUUAAUUCCUGUGCUCAAAGAAGCUAAGGCCUUGUGGCUCUAACUCUUAUUAGAGGCUUCUUUUUUUACCCCCUUCAAUUUCUUUUUGUAGGUUAUGCUAAUCCAGUUCUAGAUAUGUUACAUAAAAUGUUUAUUAUUCUUUUGAGUUCAGAAAUGGGAAUAUAAUUUUUUUGUUUUC